AUGGAUCCCAAUCAGUCAGGAGCCUCGGGCUCGAACAACUCCAGCGAUUUUGUGCGCAAGUUGUACAAGAUGUUGGAGAGCCCGAGUGAUGAAAGUGUAGUGCGAUGGGGGAACGAUGGCGAUAGUUUUGUCGUCCUAGAAAACGAAAAAUUCACAAAACAUAUCCUUCCAAAGCAUUUCAAGCACAGCAACUUCGCGAGUUUCGUUCGACAGCUGAACAAGUACGAUUUCCACAAAGUGCGACAUAACAACGAAGAGAGUGGGCAGUCGCCAUACGGGCCUGGGGCAUGGGAGUUCAAGCACCCAGACUUCAAGAUGAACAAUAAGGACGCGCUCGACAAUAUUCGACGGAAGGCGCCCGCGCCGCGCAAACCCAACCAAACCAGCGUCGACGAAGUGCCGAUAGCAGCACAGCAGAUGGAUAUGGUCAGCGGCCAAUUGAUGGCAACGCAGGCUCAGCUGCACACGCUGGAGGGGCGCUAUAAUGAAUUGAGCAUCCAUCAUUCUAUGCUGCUACAAGAAGUCAUCGGUUUACAGAAGACGGUCGUCAACCACGAGCAUGUUAUGCAGAAUGUCAUGACUUUUCUACACAACGUGGACGCGCAACAAAGGAGGAACAGCAAGCUGCUCUUCCCCCAGAACGGCGCAUCCGCGCAGAACGGAGCCACUGACCCAGCGAAUCCAACUGCAGACGACGACAAUCCCGCUUCACCUUUACAGCAUGCCUCCAAGCUACUGAGCGAGACCAACGCCGACGUCAUGUUGAACCCCAGGAACCUGGAACACAUGAAUGAAAUUACCAUGAGGAUGAAUGGUACCUUGACCACACCACCACCAGACUUUGCGCGAGGAGCAAUCACUCGUCCCACUAGUCGUGGGCCACCAUCAGUAGCAGGGUCUGUCAACUCUUUGCGCAUGGAGAACCUCGAUAACUUGGUCUAUCCUGUUGGUCAAUCGAACGGCAUUGAUCCUAUGUACAGUGAGCAUGUCAACAACAUUCCGUAUUCCCUUCCACCAAAGCCGGCAGUUGAUCCCAGCGAGCCAAAAUUCCAAGAAGGGAGAAAGAAGAGCAACAUCCCCGACCCUGGAUGGAUUCGUCCUCCACAAAUUUUACUCGUGGAAGAUGAUCCCACUUGUCGACGUAUUGGAAGCAAGUUUUUGUACGCUUUUCAUUGUUCCAUCGAUAGUGCCCUGGACGGAUUGGAAGCAGUCAACAAGAUGAACCAGGGAUCUAAAUACGACCUCGUGUUGAUGGACAUAAUAAUGCCAAACCUCGACGGCGUUUCCGCUUGCCAUCUUAUUCGACAAUUUGACACAACCCCCAUCAUUGCGAUGACUUCAAAUAUCAGAAGUGAUGACAUCUCGAUGUAUUUUCAACACGGCAUGAACGACGUGCUCCCAAAACCAUUCACAAAAGAGGGGUUGCUUCAUAUGCUCGAAAAGCAUCUAGUGCAUCUCAAGAAACCACUGGCACAGAUUGACGGAAUACCAGCGCCUCAACCAGUGCAAGUAGCUAGGCAACUUCUCCUCAAGGAGGAAGACUCACCGGCAAAAUCACCGGCGACCGUGAGCCCUUGGGCUGCCUCGCCCAAUCCGGUUCCGGGAGUCUCUCCUGUUGGAAGUAGUGUGCACGAAGAUUUUAUACACACUAUGCAAGGUCAAACAGCACAGCAUCCCGCCGUUCCUUACGGCGUCAACUCGAUGCCGGCUCCCAUGGGCUAUGCGACCUCGCCGCAAUUGCAAAUACAGGCGAGACAGCAGCAGCAGCAGCAGCAGCAGCAGCAACAACAACAACAACAGCAACAGCAGCAACAGCAACAACAGCAACAACCAUUGACGCCAGCAGGCCAUCGUAGGCAGCUUUCCAGUAUUUCAGGAGGAGAUGACAUAAACAAUCCAGCGAAGCGCCAGCAGAUGUACCCUCCUCAGCUACAACAACCGAUGAAUCCUAUGCUGCCACGCCCACGAUGA